AUGACUUUAAAUAACAUUUCUUCCAACGAAACUGCCAAAAAUAUUAAAAUUAAGAAACGAAUCACCAACGGUAUUAUCAACGAAGAUAAAAAUGGGUUAUCAAACUGCGAAACUGCCAAAAGCUGUCCAAAACCUAUCCUAAAUGGAACAGUUCCUAAAAAUAAGAAAGAAGGAUCUUCCAAAGUAGCCUUGUUUACAGCUAUGAAGACUUAUGUAAAAUUUCAUAUACUGAUGUUUCUAGAUUACAUCAAUCAGAUAUUUUCUAGAAAGGUUGUUCCAGAAAAGCAAAGAAAGUUGCCAACACAAAAUGGAACCGCCCAUAACGUCAAAGUAUCCAAGGAAUCCUUUGAACAACCUGCUUUGCAUACCGCAUUGAUGACAUAUCUGGGAUUUUAUAUCUUAAUGUUUCUGGGUUACAUUAAUCAAUUUUUUUUUGCUCCUAAAGUCGCCAGGGAAAAAAAUAGAGAGGGAUAUGUUCCACUAUAUGAUAACUUUGAAAAGUUCUAUCUUUGGUACGUAUAUCGUAGAGUUAGAGAUUGCUGGAAUCGUCCUAUAACAAGUGUGCCUGGUGCCAUGGUCACUGUUAAAGAAAGGGUUACACCUGACUACGGCUGGACUUUUGUAUUCACUGGAAGAGAAAUUCCUAGUCUAAACUUAGGAUCUUAUAACUAUUUAGGUUUUGCAGAAUCUCAUAGUAAAUGUGCUGACGAUUCGAUUGAUACACUUCACAAGUAUGGAUGGGCCACUUGUUCCAGUAGACAUGAACUUGGUACAAAUAAUCUUCAUGUAGAAUUGGAACAGCUCACCGCAAGAUUCCUAGGAGUUGAAGCUGCCAUAACGUUUGGUAUGGGAUUUGCAACUAAUUCUCUAAACUUACCCACCCUCGUCAGCGAUGGUUGCCUCGUCAUGAGCGAUGAAAAAAAUCAUGCAUCUCUUAUCCUUGGGUUGAGGCUUUCAGGAGCUCUUAUACGAGUAUUUAAGCACAAUAAUAUGAAACAUCUUGAAAAACUACUGAGAGAAGCUAUUGUGAACGGACAGCCUAAAACUGGUAAACCUUGGGAAAAAAUUUUGAUUGUUGUUGAAGGUGUGUACAGCAUGGAAGGAUCCAUUGUAAAACUUCCCGAAGUUAUAGCCUUGAAGAAAAUGUACAAAGCAUACCUAUACGUUGAUGAAGCACACAGCAUUGGCGCAUUAGGCCCACACGGCAGAGGUGUUGUCGAUUACUGGGGGUGUGAUCCCCAGGAUAUUGAUGUUUUCAUGGGGACCUUUACAAAAUCUUUUGGAAGUGCAGGAGGAUAUAUUGCGGGAUCCAAGGAACUAAUAGAUCACAUAAGGGUACACAGCCACGCUGCCUGUUAUGCUUCGUCAAUGUCACCUCCAGUCGCACAACAAAUCAUCACUUCGAUGAAAAUUAUAAUGGGAGAGGAUGGUACAAAUGAAGGAAUCAACAGAAUAAGACAAUUAAAACACAACACAAGAUAUUUCAGGAAAAGACUUCAUCAGAUGGGAGUGAUAAUUUAUGGAAAUGAAGAUUCGCCCGUCGUUCCUCUUUUGGUGUAUCUCUUCUCUAAAAUCGGAGGUGUAGUUCGAGGCCUGGCAGCUCGGAAAAUUGCAACAGUGGGUGUUGGUUUUCCGGCAACUCCUUUGAUGGAAGGCAGAAUUAGAUUUUGCCUCUCUGCUGCCCAUACCAAGGAACAAUUGGAUUAUGCUCUUGAACAGAUAGAUGACAUCGCUAACGAAUUAGGGCUGAAAUAUUCGCAGAAACCUCGGUGCCCUAGACCUAUCAUAUACGGCAGCGAUGAUGAUUUGGAUGCGACUGACUAG